GUGGCCACAAGGUACUGGUUCAAGUACAGUCAGUCCCUGGAUAACCUCAGGUGAGAGAGAAAGCUGACGUUCCUUUGCAGUUCAUCGUCAGAUCCUACACAAAAAUACGAUUUUCUUUAACUGCCUCAUUUUCACUAACUGACAAAUGCAGGGAAAGUAUGCAAGCAAGAUGCCUUCAGGUACUGCCUUUGUUUUACUGCUGACACUCCAGAGUCUCCAGCUGGUGUCCACUCAAACUGCUAAUCCAGGGAAUGAAGAAACAACUUCUUUACUAUUCAGUGGGAUACCUGAUGAUUGGGAAAGAGGAAAUGGUGUUAGCUUACAUGAUGAAGAUAAUGGGAUUUCGUCAGGCUCCAUGAUAUCUAGUGGGGAUUAUGAAUAUCAAGCUUUCAACCAGACUGUCAUUGCAGUAACAGGACAAUAUGAUGAUAACACGAGUACAACCGCAUCACCUCAGACUACAGUCAACGUCAACGAUAACACAUCGAGCCUGCAAAAUGACACGAGCAUUCCUUUCACACAGAACCCAUCACUGGAACCUGCAACCACCAAUGACAGCAAUGUAAACCUCACAGAGACCAACACCACAACUCCAAGUCCUGGGAAUUCUACCACUGCUAUUACAGUUGCUAUUACAAAUGCUACUUCCACUGCUGCUUUUAACAUCACUCAGAAUUCAACAUCAGAAGUCAGCGAGAACUUUACAACUACAAGUCCACCACAAGUUUCAAAUUACACAAACUCCCCUAGUGAGAAUGUAACAAAUACGACCGUCUCUACAACCUCUACAAAUAUGACCGUCUCUACAACCUCUACAAAUAUGACCACCUCUACUACCAUGCAGACCAGUGUAUACACCACAGAAAUGAACAUAACUGGGGGAUCGCUUGAUUUCAUAGGGAAUAUGGAUAGAGGUCUGGCUUCAGAUAAUCAACAGCAAAGCAAAACUCAUGCAUGGGGAGCCAUUCUGGGUAUUGGUGUUGGAGUGGCAAUUGUUGCCAUGGUGAUCUUUAUCAUUGUGAAACGAAGGAACUACAGAGACUUCUCACACAGGAAACUGGUGGAAGAUUUUCCAUCUGAACCAGUUCUGAGAUUAGAGAACAGUGAGCCCCUGGAUUUGAAAUUUGAUGGAUGUGCAUACUACAAUCCUGGACUACAAGGAGACAACAUUCAAAUGACUAACUUUCCACAAGGACACACUAAGUAAAAAAUAUUCCAUGCCAAAAAGACUAUUAUCAUGAAUUUCAUUUCUUCUGUAUUUUGCUGAUGUAUGCAAAGGAUCCUGAUCAAGACAAAGAGAAGGAAAUUGCCAAAAUAACUUUAUCAUAGAUGAGCUAAGGUCCAAAGCUUAUAAGGUAUUUUUUUCUUUUAGACAGAGGUCAGGUAAAGUGCUGGAAAGAACAUAUCAAUAAAUGUUGAAUUUAUAGAUUAGCUGUUUUACUUCAUACAUGGGGAUGAUGCACAGCCUUCAUCCUAUAUAAUAAUGAUUAAAAUAGUUGAAACUGAAGAUAGAAAUUGGUUUGGUAUCCCUGCUUAUUCCACUAUAAGAUGUAUUAUAUGCAACUUUGUAAUAUUGUUAGAAUUAAAACUAAUAUAUAUAAAACUAAUAUAUAUAAACAUGAAUAAUGUUAAGAUUUAAGGAUUACAUAUGUCUGUAUAUAUUAUACAUUUGUAAAAAUCACCUCAAGAAUCGAAUA